AUGUCGCUCUUGGUACUUUCGGGUCCAGACGUGGACAGAGUGACAUCCGCAUUGACUUCCGAAACGCUGCAGAAUCUAAUGGCCGAGGUCUUCUUCUAUAUCUCUGCUAACAAGAACAUUGUCACUCCUCAGAGGUCUGGGAUUGAGAUGUCCAAAUUCCGCGCGCUCUUCAUGCCCUCGCGAAUCGCUGGAGUUGGCACUUCCAUCAAGGUCGUAUCCGUUCCUACGGGUCCCUCUCGUGGUCUACCUGGGUCGACAUUGGUUAUCGAUGAGGAUACGGGAGCCGCCAAGGCGAUUGUCAACGCAAGCAACUUGACCGCACUCCGCACUGCAGCCGGAUCCACCCUCGCAACAGCUCUGCUUCACCCGCCUGAUGAUGCUCUAUUUAGAACGCUUGUUGCAUUUGGCGCUGGCAAGCAGAUUCAAGCUCACGUAGAUCUCCUACUCACGACAUAUCAGUCCCUGAAAGAAGUCACCAUCGUCAAUCGCUCCCUUAAUGAGCGUAUCACGGGUCUUGUUUCGUACCUCCGCUCCCGCCACCCAUCUGUAGUUUUCAAGAUCGGCGUCACCUCUAUCUCGUCGGAAUUAUUUGACCUGCAAGCCACUGUCACGUCUGCAGAUAUAAUCUGCACGGCUACCUCUUCAUCCGUGCCACUCUUCCCUUCUGAGUGGGUCAGGCCAGGUGUACACCUCAUCCUUGUCGGGAGCUACACUCCAUCGAUGCAUGAGAUAGAUACUGAACUUGUGCGUCGUGGCGGAGUGAUAGUCGUCGACUCACGCGAAGCAUGCCUUGUCGAAGCCGGAGAGCUACUCACUGCUGGGAUCAAAGAGGAAAACAUCGUGGAGAUCGGACAGCUCGUGCAAGAAAUUGGUCAUGAAGACGGACAAUGGAAGUGGAAGAGGAAUGACGAAGUGGUCACGCGACUUUCGAACGUAGGAGAUGUCACCAUAUUCAAAUCCGUUGGUGUCGGCGCCCAGGAUGUUGCGAUUGCGGCUGCAGUUGUCGAACGUGCAAAAGAAAUGGGUGUCGGAGUGACGGUCAAAGAUUACAGCGAAUAG